AGGGGUGCCACUCUCUGUUCCUCUUGUUGCUGUCAUGAGCUGGAAACACUCUACGAGCUUGGCUGCUGUCAAGCGCUCCAUUAGAGCAUACUCAGUGAAGGUUCCGCCGAAAGUCCCAUUGCAUGCUGAAUGGGCUGCAAUGGCACAGAAGGAGCUGAAAGGCAAAGACCCCGAGGAAAAAUUGACUUGGCACACCCCAGAGGGCUUGGACGUCAAACCCGUCUAUACUAAAAGUGAUACUGCAGACAUUGAAGAAGAGAUUCCGGGUAAAUUUCCAUAUACCAGAGGCCCUUAUGCAUCCAUGUACACAUCCCGUCCAUGGACUAUCCGACAGUAUGCCGGAUUCAGUACGGUAGAGGAAUCCAAUCGGUUCUAUCGCAAAAACUUGGCUGCAGGACAGCAAGGUCUAUCGGUUGCUUUUGAUCUUGCAACUCAUAGAGGAUAUGAUUCAGAUCAUCCUCGCGUUGUUGGUGAUGUUGGUAUGGCGGGUGUGGCCAUUGAUUCUGUUGAGGAUAUGAAGAUUUUAUUUGAUGGCAUUCCGCUGAACAAAAUGUCAGUGUCUAUGACUAUGAACGGCGCAGUACUUCCUAUCCUAGCUAUGUACAUUGUAGCAGGCUUAGAGCAAGGUGCAGAGUUGAAAGAGUUAUCGGGUACCAUUCAGAAUGAUAUUCUAAAGGAAUUUAUGGUCCGCAACACUUUCAUCUAUCCACCCCUUCCAUCCAUGCGCUUGAUCGGUGAUAUCUUUUCGUUCACCGCACAGAACAUGCCAAAGUACAACUCUAUCUCGAUUUCUGGUUAUCACAUGCAAGAAGCUGGUGCUGACAAUGUUUUGGAAAUGGCUUUCACCAUCGCUGAUGGAUUGGAGUACAUCAGAACAGGUAUGAAGGCUGGCAUGACAGUGGAUCAAUUUGCCCCAAGACUUUCGUUCUUCUGGGCCAUCGGUAUGAACUUUUACAUGGAAAUUGCCAAAAUGCGCGCUGCUCGACGUCUCUGGGCUCAUAUGGUGAAGGAAAAAUUCGACCCCAAAUCUCAAAAAUCUCUUCUUCUUCGAACACAUUGUCAGACUAGUGGUUGGUCACUUACAGAACAGGAUCCUUACAAUAAUGUCAUCCGUACCACCAUUGAAGCAAUGGCUGCAACCCUCGGUGGAACGCAGUCGUUGCACACCAACUCGUUCGAUGAAGCUAUUGGUCUACCUACUGAGUUCAGUGCACGCAUUGCCAGAAAUACCCAAUUGAUUUUGCAAGAGGAGGCUAUGAUUCCCAAGGUGGCUGAUCCUUGGGGUGGAUCUUAUAUGAUGGAAAGCAUGACAAAUCAGAUGUAUGACGCUGCGCGUGCCAUUGUUGAGGAGGUUGAAGCCAUGGGUGGUAUGGCCAAGGCUGUCGACAGUGGUAUGCCUAAGCUGAGAAUCGAAGAAAGUGCUGCUAAGCGACAGGCCAGAAUCGACUCCAACCAAGAGGUUAUCGUUGGUGUUAACAAGUACCGUUUGGAAAAGGAGGAUGCCAUUGACGUUUUAGCUAUUGACAAUACCGCUGUCAGAACAUCUCAGAUUAAUCGUAUCAACAAGAUCCGUGAAACGCGUGACGCACAAAAAGUAAAGGAAUGCCUUGAAGCUUUAGAGCAAAGCGCAAAGACAAAUGAAGGCAACUUGCUUGCUCUUUCUAUCGAGGCUGCCAAGCAACGAUGCACAGUUGGAGAAAUUUCAGAUGCUUUGGAAAAGGUCUGGGGUCGCCACAUGCCUGCUACACGAGUUGUAUCCGGUGCAUACAGAAGCGAGUAUGGUGACCAUGACGACGUUAACCAAACCCUCAAGCUAGUGGAUCUGUUCACUAAGAAUCAAGGUCGUCGUCCUCGUAUGCUCGUGGCCAAAAUGGGACAGGAUGGCCAUGAUCGUGGCGCUAAGGUCAUCGCUUCUGGAUUUGCCGAUCUAGGUUUUGAUGUUGAUGUUGGUCCUCUCUUCCAGACCCCUGCAGAAGUAGCUCGUCAGGCUAUUGAUGCUGAUGUUCACGUCGUUGGUAUCUCUUCACAAGCUGCUGGUCACAAGACUCUUGUACCUGCACUGGUCGAAGAAUUGAAGAAGCUUGGAGCCACCGAUAAGUUGAUUGUCUGCGGUGGUGUUAUUCCUCAGCAGGAUUAUGCCUUUUUGCGCAAUGCUGGAGUCAGCGCCAUUUUCGGCCCCGGAACAAGAAUCCCUGUAGCUGCACAAGAAGUCGUACAAAAAAUUGAACAAGCACUUGACAAUGACAAAUAGAUAGAGACAGAAGGCAAAUUUAUAACCUCGUAAUUCCUGAAUAAACUGCGUUUUAUUAUAUCGGUUGCUUUGUCUCAGUGUUGAUGCUAUGUGUAUUACUUGGAGGCAAUGCUUCUUGCAAGUUCCACCAAAGAUCUUGUCGGGCGACCUGGGUUCUAG